AUGAAGCAGAAGGUCGUGAUUAAGAUAUUCAUGAACGAUAGCACCUCGAGAUUCAAUUGUUUCAAACCCCAAAGCUCUCACUCCAAAGCUUUGAAAGUUGCGGCUGGCUUUUCAGGAGUUCAAUCCGUGGCAUUGGUGGGAGACGACAAGGACUUGAUCGAGGUGGUCGGAGAUGGGGUUGAUGCGGCCAAGCUCGCCACUUUGCUUAGGAAGAAAGUCGAGUUCACAGAGAUCGUGUCCGUGAGCGAGGUCGGCGAGAAAGACAAGAAAGAAAGCGAGAGCAAAGACAAGCCUAGCGAAACGACAACAACCGAGACCAUCACAUGGUUUUACAAUGGCCGAAGCCCACACUAUGAAAUCGUGUGCGUCCCACACUACAAGGAAACCUGGGGUUGGCCCUUGUAG